GAAGGAAAAGAGGUUCAGCCUGCCCAGCGUUUCAGGGGAAAGAAAAUUCAGCUGCACCAGAACAAGCAGUGAAGUGCCGCCUCCUAAUCAUCUCUGUUCACUGUUCCGUCGCUCAUAGAAAUUGAGCAUCUGUACGUCAAUCGGGCUCUUAAGCUAAACCAUAGAUGGCAUCGUGACACAAGCGUUUUGACUGGUUAGCACUUAGAAGUUCAAAGUUCGGACCUUGCUGUACAGGAUUUCGGAGUCUCAAGCAUCGUUCUGAAUCUCAUGCAUAUAGCUAAACUGGGCACAACAUCGUCAGUCUCGCUGACUGCUCUCUCUCCAUGUCGAAAUCAUUAUAUCUAACUCAUGUAUCGUUCCUCUUAUCUAAUUCUAGAGUCAUGGCCUCUGGCAGAGUUUUCUAUCAUGCGCUUCCAUCUACAAAAUUCACAUCAUUCAACAAAGCGGACACUAUCUCUCUAUCACGCUCCCUACGAACCUUCUCCACCACUCGAACCCCUUACCCACUUCAGUACGAGAUGAUUAUCAGCCGUCCAGUCAAUUCUGUGCAUGCCCAUUCUCGCCGUCGAGCUGUUCGACAAAAUGACCCCAAUGCAGAGGGCUUCCCUGACUCGGAGUCUCCGGAAGAGUCCGUUUCUCCCGCAGAGUCCGUCUCUGAAUUGGGAUUAGAUAGCUGGGUUGAUCGGAAAUUGGCUUCUGAGGAAGAAGCUAACCAACCCGGUUCCCAAAAAUCGGAGCUUGACAAGGCUAAGAAAAAAUAUUACAGAAAACGGAGGAAGAGGAUGUAUGGGUCGGACUCUGAUGAAGCAAAUAGACGACCUGAAGAGAAGUUCGUGGAACUGAAGCCUGAGGUGGUAGAGCUUCCUACAUUGCACAAGAAGGAGGAGGAAUUGUAUUUCUACGAUACGUUUUCUUACCCGUGGGAGAAGGAGAAGCACUAUAAGAUGGUCUAUCAGUUGGAGAAGAAAUAUUUUCCUGAUCAGUGUCUUGAUAAGGCGUUCCUAGAACCGGGAGAAGCAAAUGCAAACGUGAAUGUAAAUAUCGAUGCAAAGACUAAGAGCAAGGUGAGGGAAAAGAAGAAAGUCAGGAAAGAUAGAAGGGAGAAAAAAGAUGAGGUUGGUGAUGAAAGAAAUGAUUCCAAGUUGAUAUUCUUCGGGGAGAAAAAAGAAGAAGAGGAUAAUAGAGGACAGGUUAAGGAAACAAGAGAAGAUCUAACCGAAAAGAAAGUCGAAGAGUUCUUUAAAUAUUUGAAGAAAAUUCCGAAUAAGGAUGUUGAAGUGGGUAAUGCUGAGCCGUUUCUUGCGUCAAGGAAUUCUGGUCUUCCUCCUAGAUGGGAUGGUCCUCAUGGAACCGUUAUUUUGGUGAAUAAACCCAAAGGUUGGACUUCAUUUACAGUUUGCGGAAAGCUGCGUCGCUUAGUCAAAGUGAAAAAGGUAGGUCAUGCUGGAACUCUUGAUCCAAUGGCUACGGGUUUAUUGAUUGUUUGUGUUGGUAAAGCAACAAAAUUGGUGGAGAGCUAUCAAGGCAUGAUUAAGGGCUAUAGUGGAGUUUUCCGACUAGGGGAGGCUACGUCAACAUGGGAUGCUGAUUCACCGGUCAUUCAGCGUGAGCCAUGGGAGCACAUCAAAGAUGAGGAAAUAAAGAGAACUGUAGCAUCCUUUUGUGGGGAGAUUUGGCAAGUUCCCCCAAUGUUCUCUGCCAUUAAGGUUGGAGGUGAGAAAAUGUACGAAAAAGCAAGGAGAGGAGAAAGCAUUGAACUUUCACCUAGACGAAUAUCAAUUUUCCAGUUUGACAUAGAGCGUAGUUUGGAUGAUAGGCAAAAUUUGAUUUUUAGGGUAACAUGUUCCAAAGGAACAUAUAUUCGGUCACUAUGUGCAGAUUUUGGGAAAGCUCUUGGCAGUUGUGCCCAUUUAACUGCUCUCCGGAGAGAUUCAAUAGGAGAAUAUUCGGCAGACGAUGCAUGGGACUUUGCAGAGCUGGAAGAGGCUAUUUCCAAAAGUUAUUUCUAACUGCAGAAUGUAAACCCACCAUCAAUCUGAAAUCAGCUUCUUUUAUUUGCUCUUUGCAGGUUACAUAUUUCUUUCAUGCAAAGCAUCUAACAUUGAGGAAAAUGUUCUGUAAUAUUCAUUAAUAAAUUAUUCAGUUCGUUGGAAGCAACAAUCACAAAUGGUUUUGAAGAGUUGUACUGUUUAUCA